CACAUCGAAGCAGGAGAAACAGAGGGCGUGAAGGUACUUUGGGUUCUAAGCGCCCAACGCUGUUCUCCUCCUCACCAUGGCCGGUGACGAGCCUCCAUCCUCCGCUUCCACCGCUGCUGUUUCUUGCUCCGUCGGCGAGUCCAUCCCGUCGCCUCUGACACAAGAUCCUGUCGGAUCGCCUAGUCACGAUGUGCCGGAGAUUCAAUCAUUAACAUCCGAAGAUGAUCAUGAACAGGGACACGAGGGGAAUCAAGAUCACGCAGUUAGGGCCGCUGUUCUUUCGGAGGAUCUGAAACAGAGGAUCAUUAAGCAGGUUGAGUACUACUUUAGCAAUGAAAACUUGCCCACUGAUAAGUACAUGUUGGGAUUAAUCAAGAAGAACAAGGAGGGUUUUGUUCCUGUUGCUAUUAUUGCUGCGUUCAAGAGGAUGAAAAAACUUACUCAAGAUCAUUCAUUUAUCGCUGCUGCACUGAGGGAAUCCUCUGUUCUUGUCGUAAGUCCUAAUGGGAAGAAAGUCAAGCGACUCCACCCUAUUCCAUUGCCUGAGACUAGGGAUCCUAAGUUAUUUACCAUUUUGGUAGAAAAUUUACCUGAAGAUCACUCAGAGGAGAAUAUCCAACGAAUUUUUGGAGCAGCUGGACGCAUAAGAAGUAUCACCAUUUGUGACCCACAAGUGGUAGACAAGUCAGGGAAAAGCAGCAAGGGUGGUGUGCUGAUCAGUAAUAAGUUGCAUGCUCUUGUGGAGUAUGAAACUUUGGAAGCUUCUGAAAAAGCUGUGGCUACUUUAAAUGAUGAACAAGAUUGGAGAAAUGGCAUGCGUGUUAAGCCUUUUAAGCAUCUGGUGAAGCAUGGCCAGAAGAAACAACACUGGAGAGUAUCCGAUCCCGACAAGAAUGGCACUGGGCGAUUAACUGAUCAUUCUUGUCCUGACAAGAACAGCACUGGACGAACAACUGAUCAAAAUGUGGACGAAGAGAUUCAGAACAUAACUGAGCAUCAUGAGGACGUGCCUGAUGAGGUUAAUUUUGCUCUUGAGGGCGAUCAUCAGCACAAGGAUAAACAUGGACAUAGAGGUCGAAAUCAAGGACGAACUAGAAGGAAAAAGUACAAGGGUGUCAAUGCUAUGGGUCAUGGAACUACAACCUCUGCUCAUCACAUCGAACUUCCAAAGCCACCCCCAGGCCCGAAAAUGCCUGAUGGAACUCGGGGGUUCACAAUGGGGCGUGGGCGACCUCCAACCUCCAACCAAAGCUCAUAGUGAGAAUUUCGUGAGAGUGAGUCUGUAGAAAUUUCACUUUCUAUGUUUGUUUACAUUGAUUGAUGGGUUUGGAAAUAUAUACCAUGAUUGUGCAUGCCCCGUGUGGUAAAACGCAUCCUGGUAUAUUAUGUUUGAAUAGGUUGGCUAAAUGUAACUUCCUCUAACCUCAAGCUUUUGGGUCUUAAGAAAAGCCAUCUUGUAUAAUGUUUACCUGUACGGUAAAUAUUUUUAUAUGGUGAUGUUGAAUUAUUUACCGCG